ACCAAGCACAUAGAGGUUCAUGUUCAUUACAUUAGACUGCUUGUGGGAGAAUGUGUAGUGCAAUUGAGUUAUUUGUCGACAGAUGACCAGACUGCAGAUGUAUUGACAAAGGCAAUAGGGUCAAGCAGACAUCGGUACCUUUCAUCCAAAUUGAUGUUGUAUACCCAACAUAAUUUUGAGGGAGGGUGUUAGUUUAAUAAUGUUUAGGUAUCGAUUUGGAAAUAGUCGAUUCUGAGUAGCUAGGGUUUGUAGAGUAAACCUUUAUAUGUUGACGUGUACUAUGAUGAAAGUAAUAAAAAUAAGAAAACUGAAAAACCUGAGAGGGAGAUCCUCUCCGUGGAUCGGUGUCAUAUUGACGAAACCACGUUAAAAUUUCUUUGGUGUUCUUUCGAUUAUGCUAAGUUCUUAACAUGGUAUCAGAGUCUGCGAUCUGAGAUUUCUAAUCGUAUUUCGUUGGCUUGUUCUCUGUGGAUUCGGCGUUGCUGGGUUUAUUUGCUAGGUACUUUAUUUCGUUGGCCUUUUUUUCUCUGUGGAUUCGGCACUGCUGGGUUUAUUGGCUAGGGUUCUUAUUUCUAUUUGGGGUCAUAUUUGGGUUCGCUGGACAUCAUCUUUGCAUCAGGUCUUCUUGCUGGUUUGUUUGUUCUCAGCCUCCGUUGGAAUUUUUUUGUUUGGCAGCUCCUGGUUCGAUCUGGUUGUGUGCUCCUUGCUUGUUCUUUUUCUGCUGCUUGUCGUCUUUGAUUUGUUAGGCAAGAUGGAGGGUUUUUUUGCCAAGUUUGACGGUAAAAACUUCCCACUUUGGGAGUUCCAGUUCUGACACUUCAUGGAAGAGAAGAAGCUUCUUCCAUUCUUGCUUGGUACAAGCCCUCGCCCGGCAACUGGUUCUUCUACUCAGGAUAUUACCGAUUGGAAUUCUGGUAAUGCUCAAGUCAUUACCUGGCUUUUGUCGUCGAUUGACAUAGCUACUGCUCUGAGUCUUCGUCGUUUCAGCGCAGCGAGUGAUAUGUGGAAGCAUAUUUGUUCUACAUAUUCUCAGAACGAUGCUGCUCAUCAAUUUCAGCUAGAGACUGAGCUUGCUCAGUACAAACAGGGAGAUAGGAAUAUCCGUUCCUAUUACCAAGAUAUCUCGACAUUAUGGAUUGAAUAUGAUCUCUUAUCUGCUUCGUUAUUGUCUACUACAGCUUCAACUGAGGUUCUGUAGGAGAGAUCUCGUGCCAGGCUGAUGCAAUUUCUCAUGAAAUUGCGCCCGGAGUUUGAGGCUAUCCGAGCCUCUUUGCUGCAUCGACAAGUGGCCACGAUUGAAGAGGCUCUUGGCGAGCUUACUCGUGAGGAAACGCGACUGCGGAGUCAGUCGUUACUUGAUAAUUCUGCACCUGGUGAUUCUGUGUUUGCUGUUGGCCGUGGUGGCUCCGAGAAACCACAAUUUCAGCAGGGUGAUACGAGUACUCUAACUUGUCACUUUUGUCAGGAGGGUGGACACAUUCAACCACAUUGCAAGCGUCGUAAUAUCUGCAUCUAUUGUAAGCGGUCUGGCCACAUUAUUCUAGAAUGCAAGUCGCUCGCUCGUCGGAGCAAGACUGGUUCUUCUUCUUCGGCUGGUGGUUCUCGAUUCUCUGGUGACAACCGUGGGGCUGGCGGCUCCAGCUAUGCCCUGGCGGUUGCUCCUUCACCCUCGGCUGGUUCUUCUAGCUCUCCUCUCACUCCCGAUAUGGUGUGACGUCUGCUUGCAGAAGCUCUCCAAGAAACUCUUCCCGUUGCAUUAACUUCUGCCUUUGCUACCGAUGGUUCUACAUGUAAAUCUCGUUGGCUAAUUGACUCGGCUGCAUUUAAUCACAUGACGAAUAAUCGUUCUAGCUAUUCUACCUAUCAAUCAACUUCUGGGAUGUCUUUGCAAGUUGCCAAUGGGGCACAUAUUCUUGUCCAGGGGGUCGGUACAGCUACUACUGGUAGUGUUACCUUGCGGAACACUCUGUUUGUUCCUUAACUUGUUCCUAGUUUGGUCUCCGUUGGACAGUUGAUUGAGGCAGGCUGCGAGGUCAAGUUUAAUAAUGCAGGUUGUGUUGUGCAGGAUCCGAUGACAGGGAGGAUGCUCGGGAAGGGUAAAAAGGAUGGUCGGGUGUUCGUUCUGGAUGAAUGCAACUUGGAGUCGCCUUUGCUACAGGAGACGCAGGCAUCAAGGAUGGGUGUUGGUCCAAAUAGUCUCGGCAGUAGUAAUUUUUUUAGUAGUCUAGACAAUAAAGCAGACUCUUGUGAGACUGCAGUUGAUGAUUUGGUUUUUGUUGUAAAGCCACAGGGCUUGUUGAAUUUUUCGAAGCAAACUACUUUAUGGGAUUUGUGGCAUUGCCGUCUUGGUCACCCUCAUACGGCUAGACUAUUAGAUAUGUUUCAUCAUCAUUUGCUUCCUGGCAAGAUGGAUUCUUCUUUGGUUUCAUCUCAAUCAUCCUUCCCUUCUAGUGAGACCGUUUAUGAGGAACCUUUUGAGCUUAUUCAUACUGAUUUGUGGGGUCCUUCCCUAGUUCCUUCUUGUAUGGGGUACCGUUAUUUUGCACUCUUCGUCGAUCAUGCUAUUCGGUUCACUUGGAUACACUUUCUUCGUCAGAAAUCUGAGUUGAUUACUCAUGCUCAGCACUUUGUUUAGAUGGUUUCUACUCAAUUUGGUAAAAAGGUGAAGGUCAUUCGAUCAGAUCCUGGCGGAGAGUUUACUUCCCAUCCUGUACUCGGCUUUUACUCUUCCCGAGGUAUUUUGCCUCAGCAGUCCUGUCCAGGGGUGUCUCAGCAGAAUUGGUUGCUUGAACGAAAACAUCGUCAUGUGUUAGACUUGACACGUGCUCUCCUUUUUCAUUCUCGUAUUCCACGAGGUUUCUGGGUUGAGGCUGUGUCGACAGUAGUAUAUUUGAUUAAUCGUCAGCCUACUCCGGUUCUUGAUAGACAGUCGCCUUUUCAACGGCUAUAUUCUCGUCCACCUGAUUAUUCGCAUCUCCGAGUUUUUGGUUGCCUCUGAUUUGUGCUCUUGCCUAAGAAGGUCCGGGAUAUAUUGUCUCCUAAGACGGCUCGCUGUGUGUUUGUCGGCUAUAGUCCCAUUCAUAAGGGAUAUUUGUGCUAUGAUCCGACGACACGUUGAAUGCAUAUCUCAUGUCAUGUUGUUUUUCUUGAACAAGUUAUGUACUAUCCUACUUCGGAUCAUCGUGAUGUUGCUGAUAUGGAUUUCCUUCGUCCCAUGUUGUUAUUCGAUGCAGUUCCUCCUGUUCAUGAUACUGAUUUUUAGGGAGGGAAUGAUGAUGAAAAUCAUAGCCUCACACUAUCAAACUCGGGCGGGCCUUCCCUUAGUCCUGGAUCUACUAAUGGAGACACUUCCACUAGCAGCACCUUGUCUUCUCCUUCGGCCAACAGUGGCGGCUCCUCUUCACAAGGAAGCAGCAGCUUGGGCGGGUCCACACUCUCUCCUUCAGCCAACAGUGCCAGCUCCCCUUCGCAAAGCAGCAACACCUCGUCUUCUCAAGACUCUCCACGUGGUGAUUCAGCCUAUCUAGUGGGUCGACUACUGACUCGUCUCGCGGCAGCACGGGUUCUUCAUCAUCAUUUUCUUUUGCUGAUGGUUCGGGAGAGGUGCUAGGGCUCCACCUCCUCUGCCUGAGCCCCGCCGAUCUACAAGAGCUACAAUUGGUCAGCGGCCAAAGAAAUUGGAGGAUUAUGU